AUUCAGAGUACAACUAUUUCCUUCAAUUUUUGAGAUAUCCAACAAUUUUAUAAUUUAGGUUUAAUUUAACAGCAGAAGAUGGAUAUAAUCAAAAUGGAAAAUGAUGAUGAUGUAAGUGAAAAAGAUUGCAUUGCCAUGGUAACUGAUGAGGUUAAUGUACAAUCAGCACUUUCCAUAAAGGAAGAUGAAACUGAGAUCAUGAAUAUAAAACUUGAGGAUUUUGCAGAUACACAUGAAGAGGAGGAUCCUCUAGGAGAACUUCCAUUAAUAAAGUCUGAACAUGAGGCCUCCAUCAAUUUUCAGAAAGUUGUACCUGAUGCUUAUAGUGAAACGUGUCUCGAGUCUUCUUAUGAUGACAAUCAAGUUACCAAUAUCAAAGCUGAGGAUGUUGGAGGUGUGAAAGAGGAGGAGGAUCCUCUCUUGAUAACAUCUCCAGUAAUAAAGGCGGAGCAUGAGAGUCCUGCAAAUGAACAGAACCUAUUACAUGAUGGUGAGAGUCCGUAUUCCUGUGAUGUGUGUCAUAUUUCAUUCACUCUUCGAACUACACUGAAGAAUCAUCAACGCAUUCACAGUGGGGACCGUCCAUAUUCCUGUAAUGUGUGUAAUAAGACAUUCAGCAGUAGAGGUAGUUUGAAAAUACAUCACCGUUUACAUAGUGGUGAGCGUCCAUUUUCCUGUGAUGCGUGUAACAAAUCAUUCAUUGAACAGAGUACUCUGAAGAAACAUGAACGUACGCACAGUGGAGAAAAGCCAUAUUCCUGUGAAGUGUGUAAUGAGUCAUUUAGUCAUAUGGGUAAUCUUAAGAAUCAUCUACGUAUCCACAGUGGGGAGCGGCCAUAUUUAUGUGAUGUAUGUAACAAAUCAUUCACUCAACUGAGUAAUUUCAAGUUACAUCAACGUACGCACAGUGGAGUAAGGCCUUAUUCCUGUGAUCUGUGUAAGAAGUCAUUUGUUCAGAAGGUUUCUUUGAAGGAUCAUCUACGGGUCCACAGUGGGGAGCGGCCAUAUUUAUGUGAUGUAUGUAACAACUCAUUCACUCAACAGAGUAAUUUGAAGAAACAUCAGCUUACGCACAGUGGAGUAAGGCCAUAUUCCUGUGAUCUGUGUAAGAAAUCAUUUGUUCAGAAGGUUGCUUUGAAGAGUCAUCUACGGGCCCACAGUGGGGAGCGGCCAUAUUUAUGUGAUGUAUGUAAGAAAUCAUUCACUCAACUGAUUACUCUGAAGAAACAUCAGCUUACGCACAGUGGAGAAACUCCAUAUUCCUGUGAUGGCUAAUAAAUCAUUCAGUCAUCAGAGUAAUCUGAAGGAUCAUAAGCGUACGCACAGUGGAGAAACUCCAUAUUCCUGUGAUUUGUGUAUUGGGUCAUUUAGUUGGAGGAGUGUUCUUAAGAUACAUUUACGCAUCCACAGUGGGCAGCUGCCAUAUUUCUGUAAGGUCCGUAAAUAAUUGUUCGUUCAGAAGGGUGCUUUGAAGACACAUCAACUUAAUACAUGGUAGACAGCAGCCACAUUUAUGAGAUGUAUAUCGUAAAUGAUUCCUUUACCAGCGUAAUCUCAUUACUAAUCUGUAUUUCAGUGAUAUUAAAUGAAUUCAUUAAUAGAAUAAUCUGAUUAGUCAAUACAUGUGGGUUGCGCAUCUUCUUGUGAUAUAUGUAACUCUUUCUAUUAUCAGAAGAGAAUUUGUUUUAUACAGGAAUAUUAUGCAGGAUGGGAAUAGUAUUUGUGCAUUUGAGGCAGAGGGCAGUCACAUUCUUGUUUAAUAAAAUGAUGAGCUUCUCAUGAUGUGACGUGAAGUUUCUUAGCCACUAAAUGCAAUAAAUUCUUCUUGCAUCUCG